AUGCCGGGAACUCUUGGGGACACUUCUAUAUUCAAAAGCUCCAGCAUUUACACUUUUCUCAAGGAAUGCGAUGAUCUCUUCCCAGAAACCGCUAAUCUUGGCACUGUUGGCCCUGUUCAAUAUCAUAUCCUUUCCGAUGAUGGCCUAGGUGAAGGUGCGCGUUACGUGGAACCAUUCACGGGACGGUCAGCUGAUUCGGGAAGCAAGCAGAGAUUUAAUAAGAAACAUGGGUGUGCCCGUGGCCUGAUACACACAGCUUUUCUAAUGUUACAACGACGAUUCGCCGUACUUCAAAAACCUCUACAAUUAGAGCCGACUAGAGGUGGAAGGCUAGUGACAUCUUUAUUGAUCCUUCACAACCUCGUAGCCUGGAAGCAAGACGUAGCAGCUUAUGUGGAAAGAUAUCCACCUACAACUGAUGCUCUUGCUCCCUUACAGCCGACCUCCCAGCGCAAAAUUUCCGCUGAAGCAGCAUCAGCUAGGGAUAGAAUUGUUAAGCACUACGAUAAUCUUUAUGGAGUUCUUAUUUGA